UUCCCACCGAGCCGACCAGGCGCCGGGAAGGACCACCGAGCCCCAGCCGCCCCCGGCCUCUCCCGGCCUCGCCAGCGGCUGCGGCGGCGGCUGUUCCUGCUGCUGCGGCCCCGCGCAUCUCCUCCGCUGCCUUCGCUCGCCGGCUCCCAGCCAGCUUCCAAUGAACAUCUUUUGGAUCAUGGUUCUUCCUUCUGCCUAUCCAUGAAGACGCUGAAUUUGGCCAAUCCGUAGCUACGAGGGAUUCAGAGCAUACCGAAGAUACCGCAAAGAUGGUCUUCCUUCUCUUGUGGUGGAAUUUCAGAGUCUUUGUGCUCUCUCUCCUUCUGAAAAAAAGCCUCUCCUUAAACCCAGAUGAUCCAAAUGUUUGCAGCCACUGGGAAAGCUACGCCGUGACUGUUCAGGAAUCAUACGCACAUCCCUUCGAUCAGAUCUAUUAUACAAGAUGCACAGAUAUUCUCAACUGGUUUAAAUGCACUCGACACAGAAUCAGUUAUAAAACGGCCUAUCGGAGGGGACUGAGGACGAUGUAUCGGCGACGGUCUCAGUGCUGCCCGGGAUAUUACGAGAGCGGGGACUUCUGUAUCCCUCUCUGCACUGAAGAAUGCGUUCACGGACGGUGUGUGUCUCCAGACACCUGUCACUGCGAACCCGGAUGGGGAGGUCCAGACUGCUCCAGCGGUUGUGAUCAGGACCACUGGGGCCCUCACUGCAGCAACCCUUGCCAGUGCCGGAAUGGAGCUCUGUGCAACCCCAUCACUGGCGCCUGCGUGUGUGCGCCAGGAUACAAAGGAUGGCGCUGCGAGGACUUGUGUGAGCCGGGAACUUACGGGAAAGCUUGCCUGCUCAAGUGCCAGUGUCAUAAUGGGGCAACCUGUGACCACAACACAGGAGAAUGUCAUUGUGCACCUGGCUACACGGGAGUUUUCUGCGAAGAGCCGUGUCCUCCAGGCAGCCACGGAGUCCAGUGCGAACAGCGAUGCCCCUGCCAGAAUGGAGGAACCUGUCACCACAUCACGGGAGAAUGCACCUGUCCCCCAGGAUGGAUGGGUUCUGUGUGCGCGCAGCCUUGCCCAUCAGGGACCUAUGGGGUUAACUGCAGCCAAGAAUGCCCCUGCCACAAUGGAGGACAAUGCGACCACGUGACAGGGGUCUGCCUGUGUACUGCAGGGUAUAUGGGAGACAGGUGUCAGGAGGAGUGUCCGGUGGGGACCUUUGGCUUCCAGUGUAUGGAGAAGUGCAACUGCGAGAACAGAGCCAAGUGCUACCACGUCAACGGAGCGUGCCUGUGUGAUCCGGGCUUUAAGGGCAUCCAUUGUCAGGAGCGGAUCUGUCCCGAGGGAUACUACGGGCUGAAAUGCAACAAACAGUGUCCGUGUCAUGCUACUAACACAGUCAGUUGCCAUCCUCUGUCUGGCGAAUGCAAUUGCAAAGCUGGUUGGGCAGGCCUUUACUGCAACGAAACGUGUGCGCCAGGGUUCUACGGUGAAAGUUGUCGCCUUGUUUGCCAUUGUCAAAAUGGAGCAGAUUGUGACAGCAUCACAGGGAAAUGCACCUGUGGACCAGGAUACAUGGGAGAGAUCUGCUCGGUUACGUGUCCUCCUGGGAGCUAUGGAAUCAAUUGCUCUUUGGCCUGCAAUUGCAAGAAUGAUGGCAUGUGUUCCCCAGGAGAUGGCUCCUGCUUCUGCAGAGAAGGGUGGCAAGGAACCGACUGUUCCAUUCCGUGCCCGAGCAACACGUGGGGUCUUAACUGCAACCAGACGUGUUAUUGUGCCAACGGAGCUGCGUGUGACCCGGUGGACGGAUCUUGUCUUUGUGGUCCUGGGUGGCAAGGAGAAAUCUGUGACCAGCCCUGCCCUGAUGGGACGUACGGCCUGAACUGCAGCGAACGCUGUGAUUGUGACCACGCAGAUGGGUGUGAUCCUUUGACUGGCUAUUGCUGCUGUCUUGCUGGCUGGACAGGCAUCCACUGCGAUAGCGUGUGCUCGCCUGGCCGCUGGGGACCCAACUGUUCCAUUGCCUGCAACUGUGAAAAUGGAGGUUCCUGCUCUCCGGAAGAUGGUAUCUGUGAGUGCGCCCCAGGCUAUCGUGGACCCAUGUGCCAGAGAAUUUGUCCCCCUGGUUUCUACGGGCUUCACUGCAACCAGAUUUGUCCCCAAUGUCUCCACAGCACACUUCCCUGCCAUCAUGUCACGGGCCAAUGCGAUUGCCUGCCAGGGUUUUUCGGCCCCCUCUGCAACCAAGUGUGUCCAAGUGGACGAUACGGGAAGGACUGUGCUGAGUUGUGUUUGUGUACAAACAAUGGGACCUGCAAUCCUACAGAUGGCUCUUGCCAGUGUUUCCCAGGAUGGAUCGGCAAAGAUUGCUCACAAACUUGUCCAGUGGGCUUUUGGGGAAGCGAUUGUUUUCACUCGUGCAGUUGUCACAAUGGUGGGACGUGCAGCCCCCAGAACGGAGAAUGCCGAUGUACCCCUGGCUGGACGGGUCCCUACUGUUCGCAGAGAUGUCCAGCUGCCUUUUAUGGAAAGAACUGUGCCAACGUCUGCCAGUGCCAGAACGGGGCCGACUGCGACCACAUCACCGGGCAGUGCACCUGCAGAACUGGCUUCACCGGAAAACAGUGCGAGCAGAAGUGUCCGCAAGGAACGUUUGGUUACGGCUGCCAGCAGCUCUGCGAAUGCAUGAAUAACGCCACCUGUGACUAUGUUACAGGGACCUGUUACUGCAGCCCCGGGUUCAAAGGGAUCAGGUGCGAUCAAGCGGCUCUCAUGAUGGAAGAAUUAAAUCCCUAUACUAAAAUUAGCCCAGCUCUUGGAUCUGAGAGGCAUUCAGUGGGAGCAAUCUCUGGAAUUAUUAUCCUCCUGCUAAUUAUUAUGGUUUUGCUGGCACUGUUUGUGUGGUAUCGACGUAAGCAGAAGAAAGGGCACGACAUGCCAAGCGUCUCGUACACUCCGGCCAUGAGGAUGACCAACACCGAUUACUCACUCUCCGACUACGUGAAGGAAUCCGCCCACAGCUCCAGCUCCGCUUCCCUCAACAGCAGCGAAAACCCCUACGCCACCAUCAGAGACCCCCCCAUCCUGACCCGCAAAACGCCCGAGAACAGCUAUGUGGAAAUGAAGUCUCCUGCCCACCGGGACGCGUCGUAUUUGGACAUGCCAACCUCUUCGCCGGCUCACAAAAACAUCUACGACGUUGAGCCCACGGUCAGCGUGGUACAAGAGAUCCGUCUCCGCAAUGCUGGUUACAUCCAAAAUCCAUACGAUCUUCCCAGAAACAGCCACAUCCCCAGCCACUAUGACAUUGUCCCACUAAGACACAGCCCGACUCACGGGACACUCUGGGAUAAGCCAUCUUAAAGGGCCAGGCCACCCGGACAUCCCAACUCAACCCAGCCUCCCCCAACCAUGUGCCAUGUGAGCAUUGUUCUCGGACACAACAAAGACGACAAUCUUUUUUCCGUUUUAUCCUGCUGUAUAUGCGAGGAAAAGGAAGAGUACCCAAAGACAAUUGUUGGGGCCCACUUGCUUCUGCAUGAAAACUCUUUUAUUAUUUGACAAAAAUAAUUUUAUACACGUUGCAGGAAAAGAAAAGAAAAAAACCCAAGAAAGCUCCUUUGAGUUCAACAGCAGAAAGACGACAUCGGAAAGCCAUUUAUCUCCAAGGUCAACUCUGGACCAUUUGUGCGAUUUUUUGUUGUUGUUUUUUUUGCUUUAAAAAAAAUGGAGGGGGACAGACGUGAGAAAAUACCCUUUUGCUGCAAGUUCUUAUAGCUGUAUCUAUACUAUAUUAUCAUCUGCUUAAAGAAUUCUUCUUUUCUAAAAAAAAUAAAUAAAAGAGAGAGAGAGAGAGACAUGACCUUCAGAUAUUGGGAUAAGUUAUGAAGCCUCCUGGGUAGUCCAGAAAGUACUUCUUCAAGGAACUCAAGAGAUAAGGUGCUUUAGAAAAUCACUGCCGCCAUAACUUGGUACUCUUUCAUUCUAUACGGAGUGAAGGAUUCAGUUCUUUUAUGGCUGCAGAACUUCAGAAAUUCUUCUUGGUCUACAGAGUUUAUGGAAGGUUAAGUUCAUAAGCGCUUUACUCUACUGAGCAUGACGUCUUCUGCUCCUCGCCCACCCCGUGCAUCCAUUGAUUGUUCCACCUUUAGGAGCUGGUCUCCAUCCAUCCAUCUUCACGAGAUGGGAUUGAAAGAUGCUAAUCUGCAACCGAAUCCGUGCCAGUCUGUUCUCAGGUGGCAUCGGCAGUGUGUGGAUUGGGACAAAUCUCGAGAUGCUUGUUUUCUCUGGCAAUGGAAUGAAUAGGAGAUGGGCUGGACGAAGCUAAAGCACAGGAGUCAAAAAGCAGCCAGGGACUCCUAAUUACACUUUUGGGUCCUUCUGCUGAUAAAGAUGGCAUGCUUGCGAUGCACCAAGGAUUAAGUCCAUAAAAGAUGUCCAUCGAUGGCCUUAUCCAAACAAGCAUGACAACUGUCUAAACCUGAAUUGGACGCUGGUGGCAUCCUUCAUCAACGUGGUUUACUCUAGUAGAGAUGGACUACAAGAACUUUCCUUGAUCUUGGUGUUCUCCAGAUGUGUAGACUUCCGUUCCCAGAACUCUUCAGCAAUAGUCGUUGGCCAAAGAAUUACGGAGAUUCAAUCCCUACAUAAGAAGAGCUACCAAGUAAGAGAAGGCUGUAUUUCAUCAUCCUCCUUCCCAGUCUCAGGAUGACUGAUGUCCGUGUUAAAUGGAAGUGAUGGAACCCAAAAUUCGACACAGCUGGAAAACACAGACGAGGAAUGUCUACAGACCGACCAGUUCAGGGAUCUGAAGCAGAGAUCCUUCCCAACCUUUCCUGAAGAUGCCAUGCAUAGAACUUGAGAACUUGUGCAUGCCAAGCAGAUUUCAGCUGUGGAGCUAUGCCUUUCCCUCAAAUCAUUCUAUUAUAACAAGAUCAACUACACACCAUUUCAAGAUUGUUUCUGCAUCAUAGGUACCUUCUAUCUGUUUGAUUGCAGUCAAAUUUCAGCUUGGUUAUAUGCUGGUGAUUUGCGUGUAGAUCUUCUUGGAUAUGAUCUAAUGUUGAUAAUUGUAUAAUCUUUUCAUCCAACAAAUGUUAAUAUAGUGAAAAAGAUGCCUUUCACCAAGAAAUGUCCAUAUACCAUUAAGGCACAAUUGAGUGGAAUUUGUAAGAAAAAGGGAAAUGAAAAAAAAAAGGCUUACUCAGACAUGACAAAAGGUAUCAGACCCGCUGUUCAGAAGCGUUUGCAUCUGAUCAGGAUUCAUUCGGGUGGAUGAAUCCAAUUUAUUUAAUCAGAAAUAAAUUGGAUAACACAACGCAGCUACUGACCGUAUUAUCAGCAUCGCGAAGGAGGGGGGUCAAUGAACCUUUUCAGGUGGGAGGUAUUGCUUCUCAUGUGAUAAUAUGCAAUUAGAAACAAAAUAUCGCUUACUGGAUCUUCUCCAUUCAUGUCUGAAAUCUCAUGAGAUCUUAUUUAGGGAUAUAAGGAUCUUGCUAGGUUUGGUGACUGUGUAAAAUAUAGAAGAUAGAGUUCAAGGGGUCAGUGGAUCUGUUGCAGACCCCAAAUGGAUAAUCCAUUGUAUAUAUACACUAGUAGCAAGGUAACAGUUGUGAAGGCCACAGACUUGAAUAUUUUGUCAGUCAGAUUUGCUGCCGAUAGCAUAGACUAGACUGUCAUCUCCAGAUGUGGGAUUAAAAACCCCUAGAUUUGGGUGUAACACCUGGGAUGGCUGAGCAUUGAAAAUUCUUGGCUCGAUGACCCCAAGAUCUCUGACCCAUUUGAAGGUAGCUUCCGCAGCUCCUGAAAAAGUUAGGAUCAGAAUUGCGGAGUAGGAAGAGACCACAAGGAACGUGUAGUCCAACCUUGUUCCCUGUUUUUAUGGAAACAACUGCUUUGAACUUUCUUGAACAUGAUGCCAAGCCAGUUCAUUCAACGAGAGGCAUAGAUGCCAGUUUGUCAACCAUAUCAACUUGCGGGGGAUCUAAGAGGGCCAUGUUUGCAGACAAAGAGAUGCUCUCACAUUAGCUGGAAGAGCUAGGGAACCGGCAAGGCUAUAGAGGGGAAAGAAUGGGGCAACACUUCUCAUCAAACGGAUGCAGAGAUGGACCCAUCUUCCCACACUCCAUGUCCAUCUGGAGAACCAAGAGCCCAGCAUUGGAGUUCUGCUGUGGUUAGUAACAGGUAUUGGAAUAUUGUAGGAGAGCCAAGUUAGUUUAUGGUAAACUAAUCAAGAGUCCGGCUCACCAAUUUUAUUCCAAAGCAUAAGCUUGGAGUUUCAGCCAAAAGUUAGGCUUGCUAGUAAUGUUAGGGUAAUUGUAUUGAUAGGACAGGUAGGGAAUCGAGGAGCUAAGAGCAGAAAACACCUUCCGCAGAUGGCUCGCCUUGGACUGGCAGUAGAAGAAUUUUAAUCCAAACCAUCUUCAGAACUAACACUGGUGUCACCUCCACUAGGUAGACCAGACCAGGAAACCCACUCUGCGGGAAGGCUACAAGUAAUUUUUUUGAGGUUGGCUUUUAAGAACAGAAGUAUUGCAAGUCUGAUUGUGCUGCGCCUUCUCCUCCUUACAACUGCGGGGAAUUAGGGAGGUGUCUGCUUGAGCGGUUUCUAAAUAUUAUCUUGUUCCGGACUUUAAAACAAAUGAUUCAACCCCUUUUUGCCUAUGCAAGAAUUCCUGAGUGGGUCUAUCAAGCUCACCUCGUUUCUGUCUACCAUGGCAGAAGGAAUGCUUGGAAACCGAGUAGUUUAGUGAAAUUCAACGAAAGCCAAGGGGGGAGGACUUUUUGGGGAGGGAUUGGUGGGAAAGGAAAGCCUAAUUCCAAAGCGAAGCAAAGGUGGAUUUCUGUACUGGUCAGCGGAUGGAGCAAAAAUGCACCCCGGUGAGAUUUUUAGGAGAAUGAUUUUUUUUUUUCCACAGCAGAGGGGAAAAAAAUGUAAUUAUUUACACGAAUGCUGCAUGUGUGCAUGGGGAAAACUAUGAUCUAUUGGCAAUAGCUGUUUUACUUUCCAAGAGAGCCUUAUCCAAAAAUAUAUUUAAAAAGUAGAACUUUAUUUUGUAGGACCUGUAGGGAUAUAUAUUUUAAAUACAUGUAUAGGGGGAGGAGGGGAAAUAAAAGUCUUACCUCAGUAAUUAGCAAAGGGGGGAAAAAUCCUCCAUGAAGGCUUUUUUUUAGUUUCAAUUGGGCAAAUUCAUAAUUAAAUUGACUUGGAAAUUUAACAUACCGACCUAAAUAAAAGUCAGGAAUAUGGACUGCUGCACUUUUCAAGGAAGACAUACCUGCAAGAUACAAGAAUGCCCAGGACCAAUCUGGUCCUGAUGGGAGGUAUGGAUGCAAAAUAUGGGUAAUCUAUAGAAGCUUAUCCGGUUCGUAAAACGUAUGCAAGUUUUCAGGUGAACGUUUUCUCCAGCAGGAGAAAUGACGGCUGCAGAUCCAGGGAAUGUUUAUGCUGCAUUCGAGACUGCUGUACUAUGUAACGGAGUGUCCUAUGGCCAAAAUAAAGGGGUAGAGAAUACGUAGGAGAAAAAAAAAAAAAGGCACAUUACAUCCAGCAGGAGGCACUGAAAAGCAGACCCGUUCCUUUAAAGGAGAAUACAAACGUUGUAAUGGCAAUACUUUUUUUAAAGCAAGACGUAUUUGUAAUAUUUGUUGACCAAACAAAAGGUAAUACACCUUGUUAAAAAAAUAAACUGAAUUUCUCUCUGUUGCA